AUGCUGAGAAUACGGUUGGAUCUUUUGGGCCUACUGGCUUGUGGCCUGGUUAUCCUGUCGCCGCCAAUCAGGUCCUGUGAAACCACAACCACAACUGCGGCCACAAAGGACUGGUGGCAAAAUGCCCAGUUCUAUCAGAUUUACCCACGCUCCUUCAUGGACUCCGAUGGCGACGGCAUUGGCGAUUUGAAUGGCAUCACCAGCAAACUGGAGUACUUGAAAGACCUAGGGGUAACUGCGGCCUGGCUGUCGCCCAUUUUCACCUCGCCCAUGGUGGACUUUGGCUACGAUAUCUCCGACUUCUACGACAUUCAACCGGAGUACGGAACCCUUGAUGACUUCAGGGCCCUGAUCAAGCGAGCGAAGGAACUGGACCUGAAGAUCAUACUGGACUUCGUGCCCAAUCACUCGAGCAACGAGAACGAGUGGUUCCAGAAGUCGGUGAAUCGGGAGAAGGGCUACGAGGACUACUACGUGUGGCAUGACGGAAAGGUGAAUGCCUCCACUGGGGAGAGGGAACCCCCCUCCAACUGGCUACAGGCCUUCCGGGGAAGCGCCUGGCAGUGGAACGAGGUGCGCCAGCAGUACUACCUCCACCAGUUCGCCGUGCAGCAGGCCGACCUGAACUACCGCAACCCGCUGGUCGUGGAGCAGAUGAAGCGGGUACUUCGCUACUGGCUGGACCUCGGAGUAGCCGGGUUCCGUUGCGAUGCCGUGCCCGUGCUCUUCGAGAUCGAACCCGAUGCAGAUGGUCAGUAUGCCGACGAGGAGGUCAGUGGACUGACCGAUGACGUCGACGCUCGCAACUACCUGAAGAGCGACCUCAUCGAGAACCGGCAGGAGACCAUUGACAUGGCCUACCAGUGGCGUGUGGUGAUGGACGACUACCAGCGCAUCCAUGGCGGCGACACGAGGGUUCUCCUGAUUGAGACCUACGCUCCGCCUGCCUACACAAUGCAGUUCUACGGCAAUCGCUCGGUGGCCGGUGCCCACCUGCCCUUCAACUUCAACCUGAUCACGGUGCUGGCCAGCGAAGGCUUCUCGGCGGGAUCCAUAAAGACGGCAGUGGACAACUGGCUGGACAACCUGCCCGCCGGACGCACCGCCAACUGGGUGAUUGGCAACCACGAUCAGCGAAGGGCGGCGAGUCGCUAUGGAGCGGCCAAUGCGGAUGCCAUGAACAUGCUGGUCAUGGUCCUCCCGGGCGCCAGUGUCACCUACCAGGGCGAGGAGCUGGGCAUGACCGAUGGCGAGAUCAGUUGGGAGGACACUCAGGACCCGGCGGCCUGCAACUCGAACUCGGAGACCUACGAGCAGUUCACCCGCGAUCCCUCGCGAACUCCCUUCCAGUGGACGAGUGGCACCAAUGCCGGGUUCUCAAGUGCAUCGAAGACCUGGUUGCCUCUGGCGGCGGACUACCAAACGGUGAAUGUGGAAACGGAGCAGGCAGCCCAGCGAUCCCAUCUGAAAAUCUACAAGUCUUUGGUUCAUCUGAGGAACUCCUCAUCGACGCUGCAAAAUGGAUCCACCAAAUACGGAGUGAUUAGUGAAAACGUGUUCGUGGUUAAGCGCUACCUCGCCGGCUCUGCAUCCAUAAUUUAUGUGGCCAACUUUGCCAGCAAGGGUGUCACCGUGAAUUUAUACGACUUCGACAAAACGCUGCCCACCCACUUGACGCUCCUCAUCCGCAGCCUGCAGUCCGCCAAGUCGGAGGGCUCGCUGUUCGAGGUCACUGGAUUGAGUCUGGCGGCCGGCGAGGCCUUGCUAUUGACUACCAGCAGUUCUUCCCGACUCGAUUUCCUAUGAGGCGCACUUGAAACAUACUGACUCAGGCCACUCAAUCGGUAUUUAUCUUCGGCUCAAAGCAAAUAUGCCGUGGCUUGCAUAAAUAAAUAUAUAAGUGAAAAACCA